GCUCCCACUAGAACUACAGCUCAGGAGGCGCGGAGAGGGAGGGCCGAAAUAAAGAAACAAGCAUUUUUCUUUGUAGUUCCGCGGUUUCUGCAAUCCUAACUUUAUUUUCCAGAUUCGGGCGUCUAGUUCCACGCCGGUCCUCGAAGAAGUGUUGCCGGUUCGUCGCCCGUCCAGCAGCAGCAUGUCCAUCGUGCCCCCGAGCCGCUCCAGCGCCGGCUGGCCGCGCGGCGGCUCCGUUCAGUUCGGGAACAAAUACAUGAGCGGGCCCGCCAAGGCGCUGAGCCUGGAGAGGACGAUCAAUCUAUACCCGCUAACCAACUACACAUUCGGCACCAAAGAGCCUCUGUACGAGAAGGACAGCUCGGUGGCCGCCCGCUUCCAGAGGAUGAGGGAGGAGUUCGACAAGAUGGGGAUGAGAAGGACGGUGGAGGGGGUCCUCAUCGUCCACGAGCACCGGCUCCCCCACGUGUUACUGCUCCAGCUGGGGACCACCUUCUUCAAGCUGCCCGGAGGAGAGCUGAGCCCCGGGGAGGACGAGGUGGACGGUCUGAAGCGGCUCAUGACGGAGAUCCUCGGGCGUCAGGACGGAGUGAAGCAGGACUGGGUGAUCGAUGACUGCAUCGGGAACUGGUGGCGCCCCAACUUUGAGCCCCCGCAGUAUCCGUACAUUCCGGCUCACACAACCAAACCCAAGGAGCACAAGAAGCUGUUUGUGGUUCAGCUCCAGGAAAAAGCGCUGUUUGCGGUCCCUAAGAACUACAAGCUUGUGGCCGCGCCCCUCUUUGAGUUGUACGACAACGCCCCCGGCUACGGACCAAUCAUAUCCAGCCUCCCGCAGCUUCUGAGCAGGUUUAACUUCAUCUACAACUAAGAGAGGAACGUUUAUCUGACGCUGUCUCUGUGAGCACAGCUGUUAUGGAUGUAGUUCAAGAGGAUCUGGUUGUUUUGAAAAACACUGUUCAUCACUGAAGGACUGUCCCAGCAGCUCUCCCCCUCACUGGGUGUACGGGACUGCACUGGGCUCCGCUGGGGAUGGAGAGGAGAUAUGGGCCGGGGAAUUUGUGUUUGUUUUUUACCAAAAAAAAAAAUGAUAUUUUCUAUCUUGUUUCCUUAUCCCAAUGCUACGAAUUCAUUUUACUCAAAAGAUUUGUCUGAUUAAAAAGAAGAAACAGCUACAACUUUGAGUUCCUUGUUUUAACCUGUGAUGAUGUAAGUGUUUUUUUUAUUUUAAUAAAACAGUUUGUUAAGAGGAAUAAGCUCUUUCUGGAGUGUGUUGAUGGAUUUAUUCAGGUGGUGAGUGCUCACAUUUUCCAAAGGGAUUGAGACUAAUAUUUAUUAAAUUACUAAUAAAUAGUUUUUUUUUGUUUUUUUACAAUGGGGUGAAAAUGAAAAGCCAUGUCAGGGAUUUGCAGCCGUAUCGUAAAAAACCGUCCUCCCGAAAAUGACAGUUCUGUUCACACUGCAAUGACAAACGUUAUAAUCUGUAAACAAAAGACAGACUCUGGAUUAAACUGCUGGGAUGAGGGUGUAUUUAUAGCUUCAGCAGGCAGGAUGCUCCAAGUGUUGCUCUGCCCUUCUCUAGGAGUUACAGGCGCAGGCUUGGUAAACCCUUUGAGCAUUUCCAUUAUGUGUUUUAUGUAUUAGGUCAACUGUUAACAUAUUCUUUGUAGUGGUUUUAGUGGUGUAUUAUAAAUUGAUGCACUACUUGGGAGUGCUCUGGU